GCGGGGGGCGGGGAUGCACAGCGCAGGGACGGAGACGCAGUGGGCAGAGGUCUAGCGGGGCCGGGGGCUGGGGGGACGAGGGCCUCUGCGAUCCUGGGGGCCCAGCGCCUUUAAGGCCCAGGCCUCGAGGCCUGCCCCCACUGUACUGUGAGGCCUAGAGGACCUGGGCUGGGGACGCCAUCGGCGCUCAGAGGUCUGACUCUCGUCUUGAGCCUGUUUUAGGGCCACGCAUAACAAAUGGGAAACGGCAAAGGCCCUGGGCAGUGGCGGGCAGCCUCGGGCUGGAGCCCAGCCACCGGGUGCGGGAGGGAGACGGGAGGCUCCUCUCCACUCACACACACCUUUCCCCGGCCUCAGGUAAGCAGGUCAUAUUCUCUGAGAUCUUGAGAACGUCACUGAGCCUUUUGUAUUCCGUGACCGGUCCUGAGAGAUAGUGAUAAGCGCCCUUCAUCAUCUCUCCCCUUUCCCUGCGUGGGGGAUGGGGGAGAUGAAGGGUUGCGGGCUGGAGUGCUCACAAGGCUUCCCAUUGUUAGCCUCCUCUUAAAACACUGCUGGCCUGCUGAAAAAUGGCUGGCUCUACACUCAGUGAGGGCCAGGGCAGCCUCCCGCGCCGCUCCUGUCCGCGUGACCUUGGGAGGCGCCUUAGGCCUCCUUCGAGGCUGUCCUUGGGUGCCGGGGGUUGGGGAAAAUCAGAUCUCAUCAUUUAUUAAGCAACUCCCUAGCCCAAGCACCUGAGUUGCCGGUGAACCCGGAGGGAAGUACUGUCCCGGGCCCUGUUUACCAGGAGGAAACUGAAGGUCAGAGCAGCUCAGCGGCUGGAGAAAAUCCGUGGGCCGCAGAGCCAGGAAUCCCGCUCUCCGCGGUGCUGGAGCUGCCACGUGCCCGGGAGAAGGCGGGGUGUCCAGCGCGGCUCCCCUGUGUCCGGCCUCCACAGGAGCGGGCCGCGAGCCACCGCCAUGACCGUGGCCAACAUCAACGAGCUGCCGGAGAACAUCCUGCUGGAGCUGUUCACCCACAUCCCCGCCCGCCAGCUGCUGCUGCGCUGCCGCCUCGUCUGCAGCCUCUGGCGAGACCUCAUCGACCUGGUGACCCUCUGGAAGCGCAAGUGCCUUCGGGAGGGCUUCAUCACCAAGGACUGGGACCAGCCUGUGGCUGACUGGAAGAUCUUCUACUUCCUGCGCAGCCUCCGAAGGAACCUCCUUCACAACCCCUGUGCGGAAGAGGGCUUUGAGUUCUGGAGCCUGGAUGUGAACGGAGGUGAUGAAUGGAAGGUGGAGGAUCUCUCCAAAGACCAGCGGAAGGAAUUCCCCAAUGACCAGGUCAAGAAAUACUUCGUGACUUCCUAUUACACCUGCCUCAAGUCCCAGGUGGUGGACCUCAAGGCUGAAGGGUAUUGGGAGGAGCUGAUGGACACCACCCGGCCGGACAUCGAGGUCAAGGACUGGUUCGCAGCCAGGCCAGACUGCGGGUCCAAGUACCAGCUGUGUGUCCAGCUCCUGUCGUCAGCCCACGCACCACUGGGAACCUUCCAGCCAGACCCAGUGACAAUCCAGCAGAAGAGCGAUGCCAAGUGGAGGGAGGUUUCACACACGUUCUCCAACUAUCCUCCCGGCGUCCGCUACAUCUGGUUUCAGCACGGAGGCGUGGACACUCACUACUGGGCCGGCUGGUACGGUCCAAGAGUCACCAACAGCAGCAUUGUCAUCGGGCCCCCGCUGCCCUGAUGCCCCCUGAGCCCCUAUCCUCGGAGCCCUGAUUGGUAAACAGUCAGAAAGGGCCAGGCUUGGGAAGGGGAGGUGGAAGUCAGGCCCUCCCAGACCUCACUGUCAGCCCUUGCCCCCAGCUGCCUCCUCUGUAUGGAGCCUCUAGUGUCUGGGCCACCCUGCUCUCUCCAGAUGCCUCCAGCAAGCUCGGCCCACGAAGAGGUACAGCGCCUAAGGCUAGGUGGAUACAAGACAUUUCCAUACUUUACCAGAGAGAGGACCCAAGCUCGGAUGCUUGCCCAGACCUGUCUCUACCCCCAACCCUACCACCUUCCUCCUUGUUCUCCUUCAGGGUCUUAGAUCGGGGACAGACAAGGUAUCUGACAGGACUGCAGAUCUGGGAUAGAAGGCUCUGCUGGCCAGUCCUUACUCAACCUGUGUGUCAGCUGUUGUAUGCUCUCUCUGCUUUGGCCUACAAGUCAGGCCUGGUACCAGAUAGGCAGGUCGGACCAGAUUGUCCUUGUCAUCAGCAAAACCCCAAAAGGCUGGACGGAUAGGUACCAAAGAGUGCAGGGCUCCACAGAGGAUGAGCCCCAGCUUCUGAGAGCUGGGAUGGGGAAACAGGAGAAGGCUGUUCUCUGGGAAGUUCUCUGUGGCUUGGAGGUGCCUGAACCCUGUAUGAGCUUCCAUCACACACCAUCCCGUGACCCCAGCACCCCAACUUCCCUCUUACUGCACAGCCAAAUAAAAUGUUUCCCAGCC